AUGUCUGCAAGCAAUGACUGGCCAGCAGCAUCUGUAGGAGCCCGUCUGGAGACGGAGGAUGGCAUAUGUGUCCUGACAUACCAGAAGCUGGACGCUCAGGCGAUCAUCGCGUCUGUAGCAGACGAUAGAGCAGGAGCAACAGCAGUGUUCAUUGGGACAACGCGUGACUCGUUUAAAGGCAAAGUCGUCACGCGUUUGGACUACCAGGCAUACAGCAAAGUCGCUGUGAAGACGAUAGCAGACAUUAUCCGUAAAGCACGCCGGCAGACGUUUCGCUCCGAGCACCAUGCUGACGGCUAUGUGUCCUCCAUCAUCAAGUGCGCCGUACAUCAUCGCUUGGGGACAGUACCCGUCAGCGAACCCUCCAUUGUCAUCGCAGUAUCCUCACCACACCGCAAAGAGAGCUUUAUGGCAUGUGAAUACAUCUUGGAGGAAGUGAAACGAAAAGCCCAGAUCUGGAAAAGGGAGUUCUACGAGGGUGAGAGGGAGGAAGAUGCUGAGUGGAAGGAGAAUAUUACUACUUCGAUGGCAUCCUAA